CCUCCUGUCACGUGGCGCGGGGAUUUGGCGGGAGGUGUCUGGUGGCGUCUGGUGGCGGGAAAGCGGUCGUCGAUUCGCGGAGUUUCGCGUUCAGCAACAAAAAGAGUGGAGGAGUAAUAAGCUGCGGGACAGAGGAGACGACGAGGAGGAAGGGGGUGUCGCAGCAGAGGCGUUCGACGGAGACGUUGGUGCAACAAAGUGAACAAUGAUCGGCCACGGCGGCUACACGAAGUUCGGGAUCACGGACGGGGCCGUGGCGCAAAUCGUGGAAGGGAAAAACCCCAUUAGGCCGGUGGUGCAGGUUCUGGCUCUCAAGCCGGUGCCCAACACGCAGGGCAACACUGUUGAGCGCUAUCGCGUGCUCAUCAGCGACGGGGUCCACUCCCACUCGUCCGUCAUGUUGGCGACACAGCUGAACCCGCUGGUGGUGCAGGGCAAGGUGAAGACCCACACGCUGUGCCGACUGAACAAGUUCAUCCUCAACGACAUGAAGGAUGGCAGGAGAGUGGUCGUCGUUAUGGAGAUGGACGUCGUGAUGUCGGCCGAGGAGGUGGGCGGGAAGAUCGGGAACGCCCAGCCCUACACGGACGGAGGCGGCAAGGCGCAGCAAGGUAACCAGACGGUGGCGGCAAAUGGUGGGGCAGGCGCGGGAGGUGGAGGAGGGUACCUUGGAGGCGGUGCCGGCACUGGUGGUGGCUUUGGUGGUGGCUUUGGUGGUGGCGGGGGGGGACCUAUGGUUAAGGCAGCGAGCUUCGGCUCCUCCGCGUACCACCCCGCUCCGUCCACGACUCCUGGCGGCUCGGCCGUCCGUGCGGUGCCCAUCUCCAGCCUCAACCCUUACCAGAACAAGUGGACGAUUCGUGCGCGCGUCACCAAUAAGCAGAGUAUCCGCACGUGGAACAACUCGCGCGGGGAGGGGAAGCUGUUCUCCAUGGACCUGACGGAUGAGAGUGGAGAGAUCAGAGCCACAGCCUUCAAGGAGCAGUGCGACAAAUUCUUCCCGAUCAUCCAGCUCAACCAGGUUUACUACAUCUCGCGGGGGUCGCUGAAAACAGCCAACAAACAGUACACGUCCAUCAAGAACGACUACGAGAUAACGUUCAAUAAUGACACCACGGUGGUGCCGUGCCCCGACGCCCCUGAGCUGCCCAUGGUGCAGUAUGACUUCCAGCCCAUCGCGUCCCUCCAGGACCGCAACAAGGACUCCAUCCUGGACGUGCUGGGCGUGUGCACGAGCUUCGAGGAACCCACCAAGAUCACCAUCAAAUCGACCAACCGCGAGGUCAGCAAGCGCAACAUCCAGGUCGUCGACGCCAGCUGCAAGACGGUCAGCGUGACCCUGUGGGGCAACGACGCGGAGACGUUUAACGGCGCUAAUCAGCCCGUGCUGGCCAUGAAGGGUGUGCGCCUCUCCGACUUUGGAGGCCGCUCCCUCUCGCUCAUCAGCUCCAGCCUCAUGGUGGUCAACCCCGACAUCCCUGAGGCCUACAAGCUGCGCAGCUGGUUCGAUCGCGAGGGCCAGAACAUGGAGACGGAGUCGAUCUCCGAGCAGCGCUUCGCUGGCGGCUCCUUCCCGGAGAGCCAGUGGAAGACGCUGUCCCAAGUGAAGAUGGAAAACCUUGGCCACGGUGACAAGGCCGACUACGUGACGGUGAAAGGCUCCAUCAUCUCCAUCAAGAAGGACAACUGCCUGUACCAGGCAUGCCCCAAGCUCGACUGCAACAAGAAGGUGCUCGACCUCAACAACGGCAACUUCCGCUGCGAGAAGUGCGACACCGAGGUGCCCAACUUCAAGUACCGCCUCAUCCUGCAGGCCAACAUCGUGGACUACACUGACAACCAGUGGGUGACCUGCUUCCAGGAGCAGGGGGAGAGCAUCCUGGGCAUGAAGACGGAGGUUCUCGGGGACCUUAAGGACUCGGAUGACCAAGUCGCCUACGAGCAGGUCUUCCAGAACGCCAACUUCGCCACCUACAUCUUCCGCAUGCGGGUCAAGCUGGAGAAUUACAACGAUGAGUCUCGCAUCAAGAUGACCAUCUUGGAGGUGCGGCCGUGCGAUCCCAUUGAGCACAGCAAGAGGUUGAUCACGGAGAUCCGCAAAAUGGUCCUGAGCGCCUGAGCCCGCUGCUCUGCGCCAUUUGGUGUCAUCGUGCCGGUGGGGUGGGGGGGGCGGGUUCGCCCACCGCCGCCCCCAUCUGCUCCUCGCUCUUUUCGAUCCAUAGAGUUACUUUGUCGUCAGCCCACUUCUGGUUGAAGGCCUCCCCUUCACCCCGUGACACAGCCAUGGGGCUUGUUUGGCGUUACUGCGCCAUGCUGAUUACUGCGGUGGCAUUGGUGAUGGUAAGUUGGGGGGGGGGGCGGGUGGGGGGCCCUCGGUCCAUUGUAGAUAUCGCUCUCAAUUUAGUGACGGUAGAACAGAACACGAGUUGGCGGCGGGUUCAUAGCGCAUUGCGCUGACCACUUCUCAGUAAGCUAAGCUUUAAAAUAAAACUGUUCAUUUUAGCAGGUGAUGCCCACUGAGCUAUUAUACAGCUGCUUUGCAGAAGCGAUCUGAACAGAAUUUGAUAGCUCAACGAAGUGGCUUUUUUUGCGUGGAAAUUUAUCGUAGCCAAAUACUCUUAAACGCAUGAUGUUGAUUCUAAAUGUGGAGAGACAGACCAGAGAACCUGGAGAAAAAUCCACACAACCACGGGGAGAACAUGCAAACUCCAAAUAUGCAGCAGGCGUCAGGGUUUGGAUUGAACCCAGAACCUCUUGCAUACCAGGCCCCCCCCUGGCACUUAACAUCUCGCCACCGUGGCACCCCUAAAUAACGGUGGUAAAACAGUCCUUUUGCUUAACCCCGUACAGCGAGACUUUAAACAAUGUAAACUUGUAAACUAUGUCCCCAAUUUCUCGUCAGAUGCCUUGAGCGUUGCCGUGUUUCCUUCAUCGUCGAGCACCGUUCUUAGCAGCCCUCUUAUUUCACUUCAAAUCGUUCUCACCCCAGCAACACCCGUUCCCAGGUGUUACGUUUGCACGCGUGGCUUUGUUACCUUUUUAUUUGCGUUAACGUUUUUGUGUCGUCGGCUCGUUCCCAACGCGAGGUUCGCGGUUGUUGAAUAAAGUUGGCGCUCGUAGCGGGCUGUGCAUGCGCCGCUCAUCCAUCGCUUGGGCGUUGACCUGGCUAAACGGGGCGGAGACUGGGCUUCGUUUAAAAAAAAUUGUUCCACCCAAGCCGACACGCUGAGCUCAUUUGGCUUUGGGAUCGUGAUGUUUUUUUGCGUCAUUUGCCAAGCUGCUUUGUGAACUUUGCUGUACUUAUGCAGGAGCGCAGUACGUCACUUUGGGAAUGCGACCUUCGUUUUGAUGCGAUCGUGGUUGUUGCGAGGUAAACGCCGUGGCUUUGGGUUUUUGUUGCAGGUGAAACUAACUCUUGUUCCCAGAACAUGGGGAAUGCAAACCUCCUGGACCUCAGGAAAAUGUUUUCUGUUAUAUUUUGGUUCAAGUUUUUUUAAACCUGUUGAUCCUUUACGGCAUAUUCACGCAACAAUGACCCCAUAAUUGUUCCACCAUGCCCCACGAAAAAAAUACGUUCACCUCUUAAAAGUAAAGCGUUGAGGUCUCUCCGCGAAUGAGCACGGGGUAGUUCCUCAUUUCUCUCUCUCGCGCACGAUCGUGUGUCUUGGGGGUUUGCGUACCGCGUGUUCAUCACAACGUCCGACUUGAAGAAGCUCCCGGUGGCAAAACGUCCGGGGACGUUGCUCGCGUGCCAAACAACGUGCGGUAACAACCCGAAACCACAGCGCUGGAAGCUCCUCACUCCCUGUUGCGCCACGACCAUUUGCAGAUCCCGAAGGUGUUGGACGCUUUCCUAAAUCUAGCAGACUCGCUCUCACGGUUCAAAGUUGUUGCUGUUUGGAAGCCACAUGACGGCGUUCCCCUCCUCACGCGCGCCGUCGUCGUGCACGCUGCUUGAACGUGUGCCGUCUCUCCGCGCUCGCGUCUCCACGCGCGGUUCAACGCCACUACGGCGGUGAGGGCCGCGUCAAGGCCCUUCCCCCCAGGUCCCCCCCCCCCCCCCCCCCGUGCAGAGUUCCCUUUAUGCGAGACGGUGUCGUCGAGUAACGCUUGUGCGUCUGCGUACUGCCGCCUAGAUUAUAUUGUUUGUGUUUUUCCUAUAAGUCUCAAUAAAGACAUUAUUUCGUAA